UGGAGACCGAGUUCCUUCGCUGGCUGUUGGGCACAGACUGGGGUAUUCUGGUUGCGAACGGGAACGUCGGGGAGCUUGCGACAAUCGGAGGAGGCAAACACUCUUCUUGUAUAUUGUUUCAGUAGUGGCAAGUGGUGGAGUCUAGCUACCCAUCGUUAAGAAAUCUUUGUUUCAAAUGGGAGAAGAGCUCUGAAUAAACACUUAGGAUGAAAGAACCUUUGGAUGGUGAAUGUGACAAAGCAAUGGCACAACAUGGGCUUCUGGACAAAAUUAAAGAGGAACCUGACAAUGCUCAAGAAUAUGGACUUCAAGAAAGUGAACUGAAAAUCAGUGCUGUAUUUUCAGCCAAUGACACUUCUCUUGGCUUUCAGCUUGGUCCACUGUCACCUGGCUCAAAUACAUCAUUUCCUUCAGUUCCAGCUGCUCAUGUGUUUUGUUCUGGUUGUAAAAAACUACUUCAUAAGACAGGAUGUGCUCAGCUUUUCUGUUCAAAGGAAUGCAUCAUCAGAUACUCCUCAGCUGUCUGCCUGUCACCUCAACCCAAGAGAACCUGCACACACUGCUCCAAAGACAUUUUAAAUCCAAUGGAUGUGAUCACAACCAAAGUUGAAGAUGCCUCUUCCUGCAAAGAUUUCUGCAGCCAGUUAUGCCUAUCUUCUUAUGAACUUAAGAAGCCUGUUGUCACUGUGUACACCAGUGGCGUGUCCACUAAGUGCAGGAUGUGUCAGAAGGUCACGGAUAAUUUGUCCCAGAAGCCACUCUAUGCCUUGGGGAAUUCAUUGAAGCCGUUUGCUGAAGUGAAUGAGAUUACAAAUGACCCAGGAAAAACAGAGCUUUUCUGCUCUAUUAAUUGCUUAUCUGCUUACAGAAUUAAGACUGUUAUUUCUUCAGGUCUCCAGGUUUUGUGUCAUAGUUGUAAAACCGCAGCAGUCCCUCAGUAUCACGUAGCCAUGUCAGAUGGAACUAUUUGCAGUUUCUGUAGCUCCAACUGUGUGUUGGCUUUCCAGAAUGUAUUUAACAAGCCUGAGGGAACAAACUCUUCAUUGGCGCCCGUGUCUCUGGGCCAAGAGGUGAUAAACACACCUUUGCAGUCUACAGUGUCCGAAGGAAAAGGUGCCCCUGUCUCCUCCUUCAGUGGCCCCAUCAGCAGGCCUGCUGCAGAUGCUCUGGAGACUCUUGCUAAACAGUCCCAGCAGAUUGCUCUGACCCAUUCAUUCAUGAGGCUCAAGUGCCAGCAUUGUAACCAUCUGUUUGCCAGGAAACCAGAGUUGCUUUUCUACAAGGGUAGAAUGUUUCUGUUUUGUGGCAAGGUUUGCUCUGAAGAAUACAAAAGGAAAAAUAAAGUUAUGGCAUUGUGUGACUACUGUAAGAUAUAUAAAAUCAUAAAGGACAUUGUGCGGUUCUCAGGGGUGGACAAGCCAUUCUGUAGUGAAGUUUGCAAGUCCCUCUCUGCUCAAGACUUUGCAGAAAGAUGGGCAAACUGCUGUAAGAUGUGCAGUUACUGUUUACAGACAUCUGCAAAUUUUGUGGAAAGUCGACUGGAAGGCAGGCUCCAAGUUUUCUGUGGUGAAGAAUGCAUGACCAAAUUUACAGCUCUGUUUUAUCAGACAGCCAAAUGUGAUGGUUGCAAACGUCAGGGUAAGCUAAGUGAAUCUUUGAAAUGGCGAGGCAAUAUCAAAUACUUCUGUAACCUGUUUUGUGUCUUGAAGUUUUGCCAUCACUAUAGUGUGAAUGACCCAGUUCACAAAAAAGUACUUUUGCUCCCAAAGUCAGUAUCAGUAAUUAUUCCUAAGGCACAAACUGCUUUGACGGCACUCCCUUCUCCAAGGAUUGCUACAACUCCAGUUAUAACCAGUGUGAUAUCGUUGGCAAAACUACCUGCUCUCCAGCCCACGAAGAAUGUUAACAGUGAUUUAACAGGUGCCGGUCCUAAAGAGGCAGCAAAGAUCAUUGGAAAUGGAAAUGCGCUGGCAGAUGCUGAGAGACUCCAGUCUUUGCCGCCUCCCAUGCUUCAGAAGAACAAAGGCAUAUUGUGCAGGCCAGUUACACAGACCAAGGCCACCUCUUGCAGACCACACACCCACCAUGUUGAAUGCCAGACAGAUUUUCCUCUGCAAAAUGAGAAAAAUGAAGAACCCGAUUCUCCACCUGCCAAGAAAAAAAGAAUGGACUUUUUCCAGACUUAUGAUGCAGAAUAUAUAAAAUUUGGCUUUAUUAUUUGUUCUGGAUCAAAGGAAAGUUCACCAAGAGCACAGUGUGUCAUUUGUGGAGAGAUCUUACCUAGAGAAAGUGUGAUGCCGGUAAGUCUCUCUAACCACUUGAAGGCAAAACAUUCUGAACUAGAAAACAAGCCAGUAGACUUUUUUGAAGAAAAAUCACUUGAGAUGGAAUGUCAAGACAGUCCUUUAAACAAAUGUCUACUAGUUGAAGAAUCACUUGUGAAAGCUUCUUAUUUAAUUGCUUUCCAAAUUGCUGCCAGGAAGAAACCAUUCUCCAUUGCUGAAGAAUUAAUUAAGCCGUAUUUAGUAGAAAUGUGUUCAGAAGUUUUGGGUUCAAGUGCUGGAGACAAAAUGAAAACCAUCCCUCUUUCUAAUAACACAAUUGAGUGCAGGAUCAACACACUGUCUGCAGACAUUGAAGACCAGCUGGUUCAGAAGCUCAGAGACUCCAGAUGGUUUGCCCUUCAGAUAGACGAGUCUCCAGAGACCUCAGAUGUCACCCUUCUCCUGUGCUACGUUCGUUUCAUCGAUUAUGACUGUGACGAUGUGAAGGAAGAGUUCCUAUUUUGUACUGAGAUGCCUUCUCCAAGCACAGACCUUCAAGUGUUUGAACUCAUAAGUAAAUACAUUGAUAGUAGAUCUCUGAAUUGGAACCAUUGUGUUGGUUUCUGUACUGAUGGCGCCGCAAGCAUGACUGAUAGACGUUCUUGUUUAAAAUCAAAAAUUCAAGAAAUCACCAAGAAUACAGUGGUAUUCACACAUUGUUUUAUUCACCGUGAACACUUAGCUGCUGAAAAGCUAUCUCCAGGCUUACAUGAAAUUCUUUUGCAGUCAGCGCAGAUUUUAAGCUUUGUAAAGAACAGUGCUUCAGACUCAAAAAUGUUGACAGUUUUGUGUGAAGAGAUGGGAUCGGAGCUUGUGAAUUUACCACUUAGUGCUGAACUGCGGUGGCUGUCUAGAGGGAGAAUCUUAACAAGAUUAUUUGAACUGAGACAGGAAAUUGAAAUACUUUUAAAUCAAAAGCAUUCUGAUUUGGCCAGGUAUUUCCAUGACAAGGAAUGGGUUGCAAAGCUAGCCUAUUUAGCAGAUAUGUUUUCACUUAUAAAUAAAUUAAACUCUGGUCUUCAAGGGACCAUGGCAACUCUUUUCAAUUUGUAUAAUAAAGUCGACAUAUUUAAGAGAAAGCUAAAAGCCUGGUUGAAGCGCACGCAAGAGAAUGACUAUGACAUGUUCCCUCUGUUCUCUGAGUUCUUAGACUCGUCCGGUGUGAGUGUGGAAAGCAUCACCAGCAUGAUUGUUGAGCACCUACAAGGACUUUCUCAGAUUUUCCAUGACUGUUACCCACCAGAAGAGGACUUGCGUUUGGGAAAUCUGUGGCUCAUUGAUCCCUUUGCCAGUCACCAGAAUAACAACCUCACUGACUCUGAAGAAGAAAAACUAGCAGCGUUAUCUUCGGAUACAAGCCUUCGGUCAGCUUAUAAAUCAAUGUCUGUAACUCAGUUUUGGGUAAGGGCAAAGACAAGUCACCCGGAACUCCAUGAAAAGGCAGUGAAACUCUUACUGCCCUUUUCCACCUUCUGUUUGUGUGAUGCCACCUUUUCAGCCUUGACCGCAUCGAAACAAAGAAACCUGCUGGGUUUUGGUCCUGCCCUAAGACUUGCAGUCACAUCAUUAGUUCCAAGGAUAGAAAAGUUAGUAAAGGAGAAAGAGUAGUAUCCUUAUUGCUUAUUGUCAGAGUCUUUAAUUUUGUGUUAAAUUUUGUAUAAGUAUCCUAAAAUACAUUUGCUAAUGUAUUUGUAUUUUUGGUGAUUAAAUGUUUUAAUAAUUUU